AUGCCCUGGAACUGUCCGUGGUCUCGCGAACGCCAGCGUCCGCCAGUUGAUGCUCCACUUCAAAUAUUACCACAGAAGGAGGGAUUGGCUCAGGCGCAUGCGUUCCGUAAUAAAGUUUUUAAGAAGCCAAGACCAUGUCAUUGGUGUCACCAGCCAGUACACAACCAGGGAAGCUGCUGCCGAGUUUGCAAAUAUGUGUGUCACAACGGCUGCGAAAGCAAGGUGUCCGGGGCUAUCGAGUUGUCGGACCCAGCCAACUCAGCGGAACUGCUAGCACGACUCCAGAAUUCCGAUAAAGCGAGAUUUUCCGACACAAGCUGGCAGAUUCAUCGAACAUGGAGUCGAAAUGGCGAUCCGCUCCGACUAUCGCCACCGCCUAUGCGACAAGACACCACAAUCUCCUCCGCUGCAACUACCGCCUCACCUUUACGAAACGACCAGAAUGGCAUCUAUGACACCAUCACGACUCGAGCGGUUAGCGCCCCAGCAACUCCGGCGACUGCAGCGUUUGAAAGAGAACAUGAAGGUCUUCGUUCUGUCAGUUAUCCUGGACCAGGUGGAUCUGGGAGCAGGUUAGACCUGUGUUACGUUGCGGAGCGGAUGCUGGCUCUACAUCUACCUGAUAGAGACGCACAUGCAGAGGCUCAAGCCGCACACAUGCUUAAUAAUAAACACGGAGAACAUUAUAUGGUAUUCGAAGUAAGUGGCAGUGACGCUAGCGGUGAUGGUCGUGUGGCUCGAGGUGUGUUCGGUCGAGCUCGGUCCCUGGGCUGGCCGGGAGACCUGGCGCCUCCUUUGGAGAGACUCUGCGCCGCCUGCAAACACAUCGAGAGCUGGCUCGCCGCUCAUCCCAAGAACGUCGCUAUAUUACUCGCUUGGGGUAACCGCGAACGCCUUGGAGUGCUUGUGGCUGCUUACAUGCACUACUCAGCUAUCUGUGGGGCGCCGGAACAUGCAUUAGAUAGAUAUGCGAUGAGAAGAUAUUUGGACGACAGAGUACCGAUAUUCCACCUGCCUUCUAACAAACGAUACAUAGAUACGUUCGCGGGUUUGCUCGCCGGUCAGAUUCGCGUCAACGCUGCUCCUCUGCACCUGACGCAUGUAAGCGUUGCUGGUUCCCUGGCAGCACCAACCACUCCGACCAUCGCCUUCCUUAAGAUCUAUGAGAAUUACACCUGUGUCUAUACAUCUGGUCUGUACAUGGUGAAUGGUGGUGGCUGGACGGUGGGUGUCGGUCGGCUGGCUCUCCGCGGCGACGUGCUCGUGCGAGCGUACCGCCGGCCAGCUCACACGAACACACACACACAGAGACACCUGGUGUUCGCCUGUCAGUUCCACACGUGCGCUGUCGCUGACCACACAUUAUCCUUCACUAAGCAACAACUUGACCACGCUGUGCACGACCCAUCAUUUCCAUCGGACGGUGCGGUGGAGUUAAUCUUUGCUCGAGGUGAAGGUUCAUCAGGCGCUGCCCCCGCCCCGACCCCCGCCGCCCCCCUCAGAGCUGCUCCUGACGCUCUCGCAAGAGCUGACUCUCUAGAGCAUCUUCGACCACUAUCUACAAUCACUGAUGAUGAUACAGGUGAUAACAACGGCAGCGCCGAGGGUUCGGGCUCUGGCGGGGAGACGGGUGAGGGGGGUGAGGCGGCCCAUACGUUCGGACCUCUCGACGGGUCCAUCUACGCGACGGUAGUGCGAGCGAGCGGAGGCCCAUCCUCUCCGCUCAGCGCCUCCAUGGACUCGGGCAUUUCGUCAGCGGGCCGCCGCGCUGCUCCCAGUCCGCCCGAUGAACUGGACGCGCUACUUGGAGACAUGUUGAGGACGGUGAGCGCGCUGCCCGAUCCGCCGCCAGCGCAGUCGCACGCCGAUCGUGCUCCUGAUAUACCGUAUCACGCGCGCGCUGACUCUGCCCCAUUCACGUACGGAGCUCCCGGUCUGAGACCCGGCAUGCUGCGAGCCUCCAACCGGCUCGCUAGUCCUGAGUUGGUGCGGAGGGCUCUGGGCACCGACAGGAACUACAAGGGGAUAGAAGACGAUGAUGACGACCGCAUCCUCACCCCGGAACCAUCACCUCGCAACCCGCUCUCACCACGAACAGUACGGAAAUUUAGUCAUGAAAAUGUCACUACUACUACUACUACAACAAGCAUUCCUCCGCCGACUUCGCCUCUACGUAACGGAAGGUGGGCCAAUGGUGAUACGGAAUGGAUAGAGCGUCCUCCAAGUAGCGCAAGGAAGACUCCAAUUGAGAACGGGACACUGAGAUCACACAGUACCUUAGGGUGGCACGAAAGCAAUCGUUUUAGAGAACCGAGAAAAUCUGAGGGUAACAAUAAUGUUGAAGCAACUUCCGGACUCACGUGGUUACAAAGGCAACAGCAGAAGUUAAGAGAGAAAAAAGAAGCUAGGGAAAGAGUCGCUCGACUGCCGCUCGAGUGGGACGCGCCUUCCCGACACGUGAGGAGAUCAGCUAGCCAUCGUGUGGACGGUUACACUAGCGAUACUACAGCGUUUGCUGAUGAUGACGAAGACUUUAGUGUACCCCUACACGUCAACACACGUACUCUUAACAGAACUGAUAGCAUCAGCCCUCAGGCUCCAGACAGGACCUCAUCUAGGAAAUUCAUGUAUGAAAAGAUGACGAUGCGCGAGUGGAGUACUAACACAACACCUACGAGUACACAAGCGCCUGGUUUACUGUCGCUGGCAGAGCCGAACAACAACGAUACCAUUAGUCGAGAAAGGACAGAGAGUUGGUCUAGGAGCGAAUCCCGCGCGGGUACACCAGCUUUUCCAACCCAUCCUCGAACACCGUACCCUCCCACACCAACACCCUCGCUGUCCGCUAGACCACCAAGAUCACCCACAGUCUCCAGAAAAGAACGUGAAGGAAGCCCGGAGUCGGAAUAUCGCACAUACAAUGGGAGCGUCGGAUCACGACGAUCAAGUGUAAGCGGCGGAGCCGAGCCCCAGCACGUAGCGCCUGAUCGUGUACGAUUUGCAAGAGAUACCAGUCACUACUGGUACAAGCCCAAUAUAUCUAGAGAUGACGCGGUGACAGCCCUCCAACAGCUUGACGAAGGAGCGUUUAUAGUGCGUGAUUCCAACUCAUUCCCCGGCGCCUUCGGUCUAGCUGUCCGUGCGGGGACGGGUGUGCGUCACUUCCUCAUCGAGCCCACAGCUCGAGGAGUCCGACUGCGAGGAUGUCCCGAUGAGCCUGUAUUCGGAUCACUAUCAGCGCUUGUAUAUCAACACACUGUUACACCACUCGCCCUGCCUGUGCCGCUUAAACUGCCUGACAGGGACCCAUGGACUGGCGGUGCGAGUGCAGCGGCGCGUGCGUUGUUAGCAACGGGUGCGGCCUGCAACGUGUUACUACUGGGCUCUGAAAACACUGAAGCCCUCACUGGACCUGCCGCUGUCAAACGAGCUGUACAGAACAUAUUGCAGAAAAAGUCGCCAGCCCACGUGGUUCACUUCAAAGUAUUCGGUGGGGGUAUCACAUUGACAGAUGCAGCCAGAAAACUGUUCUUCAGGCGUCACUAUCCCGCUACUGGUGUGUCAUACGCCGGUAUAGACCCUGACGAGCGUCGGUACAAAUACGUGGAUAAUGGAACCCAGACCGAAAAACGUAUCUUCGCCUUCGUCGCUCGAGCCUCUUCAGGAGCUGACAACCAGUGUCACGUGUUCGCUGAGUUGGAACCAGAACAGCCAGCCACUGCUAUUGUCAACUUCGUAAACAAGGCAUUACUCGGUAACACUCAGAAACAGGAUAUAAUAUGA